UAUAGCUGUAAACUGUUUCGCAACCAAGCAAGAACCAAGCAAGAUAUUGCAAUUUCCCAGACUAAAAAGGUAGAAACUGUAUGAAUACUGAGAGGACGAUUAUGGCUCUUCCACUCUCAGGCAAAGUGUGUCUAGUGACUGGUGCAACUAGAGGCAUUGGAAGAGGUAUUGCUUUGCAGCUUGGAGAAGCUGGGGCUACAGUUUAUAUCACAGGACGAACGCUAAAACCCAAGUCUGAUGGAAAGGCAGGAACUUCAGGCUCUUUAACAACAACAGCCGAGGAGAUUGAAGCUCGUGGUGGGAAAUGCAUCCCUGUCCAGUGCGAUCACGCUGACGAUGAACAGGUUAAGCAACUAUUUGAGCAGAUUUCCAAAGAGCAGAACGGACGUCUUGAUGUGUUGGUCAACAACGCUUAUGCUGCAGUGUCUCUUCUUACAGAGCAAUAUGGAAAGAAGUUUUGGGAAGUGUCUCCAAAUACCUGGGACACCGUUAAUAAUGUGGGAUUAAGAUGUCACUACAUCGCCUCGUGGUACGCUGCCAAGAUGAUGGUUCCAGCCAAGCAGGGGCUGAUGAUCAAUGUUUCGUCGCCCGGUGGUCUCAACUAUUUGUUUAAUGUGGCUUACGGAGUGGGCAAGGCAGCGUGUGAUCGUAUGGCAGCUGAUUGUGCUUUUGAACUGAAGAAAAGCAAUGUGGCUUUCAUCUCAUUGUGGCCUGGUGCAGUCAAAACAGAAAUCUUUGAGGAGACAAUAUUGUCGGACAAGGCCGACAACUUCCCAGACGGAUUUUUGGACGUCUUCCAGUUUGGGGAAUCGGUUGAGUAUCCUGGUAAAGCGGUUGCCUGUCUUGCUCAGGACAAAAACAUCAUGAAGAAAUCUGGGCGUGUUCUCUUGACUGCUGAGCUUGGCGAGGAAUACGGCUUCACCGACAUCGAUGGCUCUAAUCCGUUAAACUUCCGACAAAUCAAGUCACUUUUGAAAAUGUCGGGGCACCCAUGGCUGGCUGCCAUGACACCAGGUUUCCUGAAGAUACCUUUUUGGCUGUGGUCAAUUUCUGCCAGCAAGUUUUAGACCAGUCAUACAGGGUGAGUCAAAAUGAAGUUGACCAAGAUUUAUAAUUUAAAAACAAAAAGACUGACACUCAAAACCCAAGUGAAGCACAUAUUAAGCAAGCAUUAUUUUGUGCUUAUCUGUUAAAAAAAAAUGAAACAAAUUGAUCAUUUCUAAGAGAAGUUGCGUGUUUCACUGAAAGCACUCAUGUUUGUAACUGUCCAUGGAUUGGUAAUGCUUGACUGAAUCUUAACAUCUGAGAAAGAAGCAAAGGGUUUUGUCAAGUAUUCUGUGGACAGCUUACAAAAUGAGUACCUUGAUUAAAGUAGACACAACUCCUCUGAGGAAUGAUCAAUUGCUUUCAUUUUUGUUCUUCCUAAUAAGCAGGAGAGAGUGCUUGUUAAAGAGAUGCCUUACUGAACUCUUGAGUGUCAUUUGCUUGUUUUGAAAAACAUCACCAAUUGCGGGUUAACUUCUUUUUUGCUUGCCCUAUAGCGCUGUAAAAAAAAAAAUGGGAGAAGUUUGAACAUGUUUUGAGGAGAAAGGUAGGCCAAAAGAAAAACCAUGUAAAGGGAAGUUUUUCCUAAAUGCAGUAUUCAUUUAUCAGCCGUCCUGUAGUAUGAUAUCAUUCCAAAGAUUUUCAAAUGUGCUAAAGUCAUUGUGGUAACUUUACAAUUGCUUGUUUUUGGCAA